CUGUCUCCGCACUGCAGCCUCCGCGGGAGCGGCAGGAAAAGCUCCGCCUCCGGCCGUUCGGGAGCAGUCUGAUAAAGGCAGGUGCGGGCAAGCAGCAGGACCCCAGCUCGAAGCAUCUGCCUGUGCACAGAGCCCCUGACCCCUCCUUGGCCACCCCGUGCCGAAGCGGCACCUGAGCCAGCCGGUGCGGCCGUGGCGAGGGCGGUGGGAUAGGACCCUCUCCGCUGAACGCGCCGGUGUCCCCGCGGUCCGCAGUCUUCGGUCGCGCCCCCGCGAAGGGCCAAGGACCUCGCCCCCAAGGACCUCCGAAGAGGCGGGAUUUCUCCGGGAAGGGGAAGCAGGAUUUUGCUUGUGGCUUGGAGAUGAGGCAGGUAUCUGGAGUGGGGUUCCUCCUGGGGCUGAUGUCUCUCCCAGAGGCGCUGGGAGAGAGAAGUUCGGAAAGCCCUAAAAAUAGCAGCCAGUCUGAAAGCUUUGCCAUCGUCUCUUUCAAAUGGCAUCACGUCAAGGACCCUUACAUCAUUACGCUCUGGAUACUUGUGGCCAGCUUGGCCAAAAUCGUUUUCCACUUGUCCCACAAAGUCACUCGUGUUGUUCCAGAGAGUGCUCUGCUGAUUGUUCUUGGUCUCCUCCUUGGUGGCAUUGUAUGGGCAGCAGACCACAUUGCCUCCUUCAAGCUUACACCAGAUUUAUUUUUCUUCUAUCUGCUGCCCCCCAUUGUUUUGGAUGCUGGAUAUUUUAUGCCAAACAGAUUGUUCUUUGGAAAUCUUGGUUCCAUCCUUUUGUAUGCUGUCAUUGGGACAGUCUGGAAUGCUGCCACAACUGGUUUAUCUCUCUAUGGUGUCUAUCAGACAGGAAUAAUGGGCAAACUGAAUACUGGACUGCUGGACUUCCUCCUGUUUGGCAGCUUAAUUGCUGCUGUGGAUCCUGUAGCUGUUCUGGCAGUGUUUGAAGAAGUCCAUGUCAAUGAAGUUCUAUUCAUCAUUGUUUUUGGAGAAUCACUUCUGAAUGAUGCUGUAACUGUGGUGCUGUACAAUGUGUUUGACUCUUUUGUUACAAUAGGUCCAGCGAAUGUGACGGGGAUUGAAUGUGUCAAAGGCAUAGUGUCAUUCUUUGUGGUGAGCGUGGGGGGAACACUGGUUGGCAUUUUCUUUGCAUUCCUGCUCUCAUUGGUCAGUCGUUUCACCAAGCACGUGAGAAUCAUUGAACCGGGAUUUGUGUUUAUCAUUUCCUACCUGUCCUACCUCACAGCAGAGAUGCUUUCUCUUUCCGCUAUCCUUGCGAUAACUUUCUGUGGCAUCUGCUGUCAGAAAUAUGUGAAGGCUAACAUCUCUGAACAAUCUUCUACAACUGUAAGAUAUACCAUGAAAAUGAUGGCCAGUGGAGCAGAAACUAUUAUCUUCAUGUUCCUGGGAAUUUCAGCUGUAGAUCCAGCUAUCUGGACUUGGAAUACAGCUUUUAUUCUGUUGACACUGGUCUUCAUCUCAGUAUAUAGAGUUAUUGGUGUGGUCUUACAGACAUGGAUUCUUAACCACUACAGAAUGGUCCAGUUGGAGAUAAUAGACCAGGUGGUGAUGUCAUAUGGUGGACUACGUGGAGCAGUUGCUUUUGCUCUGGUCGUACUUCUGGAUGACAAGAAGGUGCAAGAGAAAAACCUGUUUGUCAGCACAACUAUCAUUGUUGUGUUUUUUACUGUUAUUUUCCAGGGACUGACUAUCAAGCCUCUGGUACAGUGGCUGAAAGUGAAGAAAACUGAACACAGAGAGCCAAAACUGAAUGAGAAACUUCAUGGCAGGGCCUUUGAUCACAUUCUUUCUGCUAUAGAAGACAUUUCUGGACAAAUAGGACAUAAUUAUCUGAGAGACAAGUGGUCCAAUUUUGAUAGGAAAUUCCUCAGUAAAAUACUGAUGAGAAGGUCUGCUCAAAAAUCAAGAGACCAGAUCCUUAACGUUUUCCAUGAACUCAACCUGAAGGAUGCAAUUAGCUAUGUGGCUGAGGGAGAACGUAGAGGUUCCUUGGCAUUUAUACGUUCUCCAAGUACAGACAACAUGGUAAAUGUGGAUUUCAGCACCCCACGCCCAAGUACUGUGGAAGGCUCUGUCUCUUAUUUACUGAGAGAAAAAGCUGGACCAGUUUGCCUUGACAUGCAAGCUUUAGAGCAGAGGAGGAAAAGUAUCCGGGACACAGAAGACACAGUUGCUCAUCACACCCUACAACAGUACCUGUAUAAACCCAGGCAAGAGCACAAACACCUGUACAGUCGACAUGAGAUCAUGCACAGUGAAGAUGAGAAACAAGACAAGGAGAUUUUCCAUAGGACAAUGAGGAAGCGCUUAGAAUCUUUCAAGAGUACCAAACUAGGAAUAAACCAUUCCAAGAAGCUCAAUAAAAUCCACAAGAGAGACCGGGGCCAAAAAAGGCGAAACAGCAAUGUCAUACCAAAUGGAAAAAUACCUUCAGAAAAUCCAGUACAAGAUUUUACUUUGAAGGAAAAAGAUUUGGAGUUUUCGGAAUCAGAAGAAAAUAAUGAUUAUGAAACUUUUCAUCUAGGCAAAGGAGUUGAUUUCCUGGCUAAUGUGACAAAGCAAAAUUUCACAGAUACUCCUACUGGUGAUAUGGACCAUGAUGUUGAAAUCACAGAAUACUCCUCUUCAGAUGACCAACUAAACCAAAACCAAAGCGUUUCAGUGACUCCCCUCCACUUCUUUCCAUCUUGCCUUCAAAUGCCUUGGACACAAAACUAUUCUUCAUUGGAAAACAGAGGGAAUAUAUCUCUUUCUUCUGUCUCUGAGUAUAUAGCUUCUUGUGACCCAAAUGUAGCUGACCUCUUCUGGGAAGCAGGUACAGAUAUGAAUAACAAAGAGACAGUAAACUCAGGUUAUUGUUCUGAAGUUAGCUACAAGUCAGAGAAUUCACAAGAAGAGAAUUCUCUACUUAUGUUUGAAGGGCUGGAAGACUCUUAUAUGAAGGAGCCCCAAGAGAAGAAAAUGUUGCUUGAUGCACAAGGAAAUUACAGAUCUGCUGCAGCCAGACGUGUACAAAGCCGACGUUCUUUUCACAGGCCAAAACCUCUGCAACACCCUAAGCUUCAGAAGCUAGCAUCUCUUCCAGCAUCUUGCCACAUCCCUCCACAUUCCUUAGAACAAGAGGAAACACAGUUGUGAGCCAGGACUUACUUGAAAAGAGAAGAUGAGCGAGAAUAACUUGAACAAAGGGCUUCUGUAAAAAUGGAGAGCAACCUCUUGGUUCACAGGAUCUGCUCUAGCAUGGUUUCAGAUGGAAAGGGAGUGGGGCCCCAUAAUGUCAGAAACAUGGAGCUUUUCUGCUGCACUUAGAUUUUUGAGUUCUCAUUCAUAAUGAAAGGGUGAAUAGUAAAGGAGAAAUAUGCCUCCUUGUUAUUUUUUCAUGCAGACUGUUACAAAAAGUCAACAUUAUUUUUGGAAGGCUAAACCAAGAACCUUUUCAAAUGGUAAAUCCUUGUUGUGUUUUUUACAUGGAAAUGGUUUAUUAUGCCAUUAUGCCACAAAUACAUUUAAAGAAAUAGGCUGCAUUAUGCUUAUGAUGUAUGAAAUGAAUGUAGGAGAAGCCAAUGGUUAGCCUCUUGACUGCUAAGUCUACCCUGUCGGUAUGGAUCAGUGCCUUUUAUAAGUGCAAGCUAAAGAAAAAUAUUUUCCUGCUCUUGAAUAUUUGUGUCACUGAGUAAUUGUGUGACAUUGACUCUGGUGGAAAACUUUCCAGUAAGAGGAAAGUCCUAGCACCUUGAAAUAUAAUUAAGUAUGCCAGGAAGGCCAUUUCCUUCCUUCACCUUCAUUUCCUCUACUCACUACCACUGGAAUGAAAGGACAUCCAGAAUUAGCUCAGAAUUUUAGUUUGUGUGUCACAAGCAACUCCUUUCACAUUCUUAAUUAAGCUGCUCUACUUUAAAUAGCCUCACUCAGACAGAAGUGUAAAGAUUUGUCAUUUUUGCUGCUGCUUUGGAAGACACCUUCCAAAUACUCUGUUAGAUUAUCUUGUUAAUUUAUGUAUCACUUUCAAUAGCUGAUCAGGAUAAUGGUCUCUUAGAUGCUAACCUGUGUUUUGCCACAUGGUUCAAGUGCCACAAUGACUCAGGAUGUUGAUGGUUCUAAGUAUUGAGGUAGUUUGGCUAAUGUGUAUGUAUAUACCUGUUUGUGUUAGGAACUUCCUUUAUCUUUUUUGUCCCCAGUUUUCUGUUGAAUGGCAGUAGUUAAGAUUGCACUAGAUGCCUAUUGCAUAUGAAUCAGAUCUACAUCACCUUGAAGACAUCUGGAGACGUCAGGGAAAGCCAGCUCAGAUGAAGACUAAAAAGUGAAAACUCUGAGACCUCUUGUGGGUGUAUAAUGCUACAUGCUGGCAUAUAGUCCUCUGGCCUAUCUGUAUUUUGCCUUGGAUGAUUCCAGUCCUGAAAUUUUGGCUUGAAAUCUUCAGUGGUCUAAGUUGCAAAGGUUCUGUGACAUCAAUGAGUGCUUAGCCACUUCUGUGAUCCUAAUUUGUGCAUUUCUUUUUGAUAUCAGUGUAAACCAUUUGUAAAUGAGCUAAAUCACCUGCAAGGAGGUAUCUGAAUUGCUUAAGACUGGAUCCAAUGGAGACUUUUUGAAAUUUGAGAUUUACACGGGCAGCCAAAAAGAUUGGAGCAAUGUGUGAAAAUUUGUGCCCACGCCUUUUUCCUAUCUUUGUCCUCUUUGCUAAAACUGCCUGUUAGGCUGGUGCAAAUUGUAGAGAUACGUUAGCAAGUGUCAUAUAAAAACCCAGAUAGAUGCAUAACAUACGCCUUUAGAGACUACAUUCAGAGUACUGGUUCUUUUGAUAUCAACCCACAAGCAGCUGCCUGUUUGCAGUCAUCCUGGGGACUGAUUCAAAUCAGUGUCCCUAAUUGGAAAGCUUCAUCACUCAGAGCUAGUCUUGUUAACGAGGGUCCUAAGGCUGUCACAAGUAGGGAUGCUAAUUUUAGAAUUCAGUAAUGUAAAUACAAUUUUUUGUGAACUGAGUACGUAUGAACACACUAUUUUGAUGAAGUAGAGCACACUAACGCUGUUCCAGAUAUUAUAAUUGCAACAAGUAUUUUAGUCACUGGCAUAGAUACACUACGAAGCCGUGACUAAUCCCAAAUAUUAGCACAGGUAAAGUGCAAUGUACCAAAAUCUAACAUCCAGUCUCAUAGCAUAAUGCUAAAGUACCAACACCAAAGUUGGCAGGAUGCUUGUCAGGUGCUGGCUUUGAGAUAAAACUUUCAUUUCUCAUUGCUGUUGUACAGAGGUCAUUGCUGUGUUGCAAUCAGAAGAACCACCACACUGUGGACUCUUUUCUGCGUGCUUGUUAGAGCAUUCUUAAUCUAUUUGUGUACAGGCUACCUCAAGAAAACAUUUGUAAAUCAUCAUCAGCAGAUAGGCAUUUUCAUCAGAUGAGCAAGUGUUGCACACACAAGAGUAUGCAAUUUUGAAAACCACAGGAUAUAAAAUUUUGAUGUUCUAGUAUGCUUUUAUGCUAAACAAGAGAGGACCAAUAGAGACCAUAGUGUUUACAAAUACAGCAGUCACUGUGAAAAGUCAGCACCAUCCUGCAUGCUUUUCAGAGGGCUGUGGGCUGUAGGAGAUUUUUGCAAACCAGAGAAGAACAUUAUGCCAUUUUUAACAACAGAAGAAAUGGAAAGACACUACAUACAAAGGGCUUAACUCUCCAUUUACUUUCAAAGGCUUUAUGCAUAGUUUAUUUGUUGUGUCGCCACAGCUGAACAGAUGAAGGACAAACUGGACAAUACAAAAAGCGGGUUAUAAGAAUUCAUCAUCUGUCCCACUUCCCCCCCGCCCCCCCCCCCCAUACUCUUUCUACGUACUUUCACAUUUCAGUACGUGUCCUCUGAGUGCAAGUGUUCGGUUGCUUCUUCGGCACACUUUAAUCAGUCAAGCACCACUAACUUCCAUCACAGCAAUAUAGAUUUAGAGCUGCUGAGGAGCUGGCUGUAUGUAUCGGCUUCUUUUUUUACCACGUGGAUUAAACUGAAAUGAUCCGUUAGUAAAUCAGUUCACCUCUGGUGAGGUCAGUUCAGUUCUUCUUCCCUGGCUGAAAACUCAGUUUCUAAAUUUUUUAUGUGACAUGCUGUGUCAAACAAAGGCAAGUUGGGAGUUCCACAGUCCCUAUUUAUUGAACAAGUAACUAUGGCCUACCUUGUUGUAAAAAUAUGAAAUGCAGAAAUAUUCAAUGUCUUUUCUACAGAUGUUGCUCCAUGGAGAAGGUUCUUUUUAAUAAUGUUUAUUACGCUGCACUAUGACCUAGUAAUGUUAAAAAAAAAAGUGUUGCCUGUAUUCAGAUGAAUUUUGUCUCUCUGAGCUGUGAAGCUAGUUAUUGAAAUAUAUGAAAUUAUGUUUUACAAAUAUAUGGUCUAGAUGGAAGUUUAUGUAACAAAAGUUGCAAAACAAUCACGUGCCUUAAAUUCUCACUCUUUGGAGUGCUGCUGUUCGGAAAUUUUUGUGUGUACUUUCCAAAAGGUGUCAAUUUACUGCAUGUAUUUUUAAACAAGUCAAGUUGUUCUGCUAAUGGGUCUUUAUAGAAACAUUUUAAUAGUAUACCAUAAUGAGAAGUUUCGCAAUAAAUUGUAUCACUUUGGUGGAAUCACA